GGGGCCUGAGGUCUUCGCCGGCACAGCCUGUGGGUAAGGUAAGAGGCUAGGGGCGAACCCCGCGACAGGGCAGCCUCUGAUCAACUCUGGCUUCUCUCUCCGCCCCCGCUGGCCCCCACCUCUUUCAGAAUGACAUUGGACGUGGGCCCAGAGGAUGAGCUGCCCGACUGGGCUGCGGCCAAAGAAUUUUACCAGAAGUACGACCCUAAGGACGUCAUUGGCAGAGGAGUGAGCUCUGUGGUCCGCCGCUGCGUUCAUCGUGCUACUGGUCAGGAGUUUGCGGUGAAGAUCAUGGAGGUGACAGCCGAGCGGUUGAGUCCUGAGCAGCUGGAGGAGGUGCGGGAGGCCACGCGGCGGGAGACGCACAUCCUUCGCCAGGUCGCCGGCCACCCCCACAUCAUCACUCUCAUCGAUUCCUACGAGUCUUCUAGCUUCAUGUUCCUGGUGUUUGACCUGAUGCGGAAGGGAGAGCUGUUUGACUAUCUCACAGAGAAGGUGGCCCUCUCAGAAAAAGAAACCAGGUCCAUCAUGAGGUCUCUGCUGGAAGCAGUGAGUUUUCUCCACAACAACAACAUUGUACACCGAGACCUGAAGCCCGAGAAUAUUCUCCUAGAUGACGAUAUGCAGAUCCGACUUUCAGAUUUUGGGUUCUCCUGCCACCUGGAACCUGGCGAGAAGCUUCGAGAGUUGUGUGGGACUCCAGGGUAUCUAGCACCAGAGAUCCUUAAGUGCUCCAUGGAUGAAACUCACCCAGGCUACGGCAAGGAGGUCGAUCUCUGGGCCUGCGGGGUGAUCUUAUUCACACUCCUGGCGGGCUCCCCACCAUUCUGGCACCGACGCCAGAUCCUGAUGUUACGUAUGAUCAUGGAGGGCCAGUACCAGUUUAGUUCACCUGAGUGGGACGACCGUUCGGACACUGUGAAAGACCUGAUCUCCAGGCUGCUGCAGGUGGAUCCUGUGGAGCGCCUGACAGCGGAGCAAGCCCUCCAGCACCCAUUCUUUGAGCGCUGUGAAGGCAGCCAAGCCUGGAACCUCACCCCCCGCCAGCGGUUUCGGGUGGCAGUGUGGACCGUGCUGGCUGCUGGACGGGUGGCCUUAAGCGCCCACCGUGUCCGGCCACUGACCAAGAGUGCGCUGUUGAGGGACCCUUACGCGCUGCGGCCAGUGCGGCGCCUUAUCGACAACUGUGCCUUCCGGCUGUACGGACACUGGGUGAAGAAGGGUGAGCAGCAGAACCGGGCAGCCCUCUUCCAGCAUCGGCCCCCGGGGCCUUUUCCCAUUUUGGGCCCUGAAGAGGAGGGGGACUCGGCUACUAUCGCUGAGGAUGAGGCCAUGCUAGUGCUGGGCUAGCACAUCAUCCCGGAGGAUGCAGAACUCUUCAAGAGAAGGAUCUUUAUCAUUCCAGCCCCUCUGGGCUCUGGCCACAGGCCACCAUUGACCAGGCCCACCACCAAUCAUACUAUCAUAGAGACCAGUGUGGUACACCUACCCCCGCUGGCCAGGGCUUUGAGAUCAGAGCUGGGGUGGCAGAGAGCCACCCAGGGUGCCACGCCUGGCCUUAUCUGUGCUGCCUGCACCACGUAUGCAAUAAAACCUGCUACACACCAGAGAGA